AUGUCUCAGUUAUUCUAUCAAGGAGACUCGGAUGACGAGCUACAAGAGGAACUUACCAGGCAAACAACUCGAGCAUCUCAAAAUUCCGAAAACCAAAAAAAAGAUCAAUUCGGCGAUUCCAAACAAUAUGAUGUAGUGGGUAAUGAGGGUGGCAAGCUUUUAGAUGAAGGUACUGUGUUGUACCCGUUGAUACCUAAUGAACCAGAUGAUAUAGAAACUUCUAAGCCCAGUAUCAGCGAUAUCAGGGCGGUUGAUAUUCAACUGACUCUAUCGUUGCCAUUCCAGCAAAAGGUAGUAGAAAACUCAUUAAUUGCUGAAGAUGCGUUGGUUAUAAUGGGCAAAGGACUGGGCCUGCUUGAUAUUGUGGCCAAUUUGUUACAUGUUUUAGCUACACCGACAUCCAUUGACGGACAGCUAAAACGAGCGCUGGUACUAGUACUGAAUGCAAAACCCAUAGAUAAUGUAAGAAUUAAGGAAGCCUUAGAAGAAUUAUCGUGGUUCACUAAUACUGAGAAGGAAAAAAUUGGUGAUGCCAUGGAGAUAGAUGAUGAACUUUUUGAAAGGCCUUUUAACAUAGUUACUGCAGACUCCUUGAGUGUGGAAAAAAGAAGAAAAUUAUAUAUAUCUGGUGGCAUCUUAAGCAUCACUUCCAGAAUUCUCAUUGUGGACCUCCUAUCUGGUAUUAUUCACCCAAAUAGGGUUACCGGUAUGCUGGUACUGAAUGCAGACUCACUUCGACACAAUUCGAACGAGUCAUUUAUAUUAGAAAUCUACAGGUCUAAGAAUACUUGGGGAUUUAUUAAGGCCUUUUCUGAGGCACCAGAGACAUUUGUGAUGGAAUUCUCACCUCUCAGGACGAGAAUGAAGGAGCUACGGCUAAAGAACGUUUUGUUAUGGCCAAGAUUCAGGGUGGAGGUAUCUUCAUGUUUGAAUGCUACGAAUAAAACGUCACAGAACAAAGUCAUUGAAGUGAAAGUAUCAUUAACAAAUUCUAUGUCUCAGAUUCAAUUUGGGUUGAUGGAAUGUUUAAAGAAAUGUAUUGCUGAAUUGAAUAGAAAAAACCCUGAGCUAGCCCUGGAGUGGUGGAACAUAGAGAAUGUCCUGGAUAUUAACUUUAUAAGAUCGAUUGAUUCGGUGAUGGUACCAAACUGGCAUCGAAUUUCUUAUGAAUCAAAGCAGCUGGUUAAAGAUAUAAGAUUUUUACGCCAUCUGUUAAAGAUACUCGUAGCCUCUGAUGCUGUCGAUUUUUUUGGAGAGAUUCAACUAAGUCUGGAUGCCAAUAAACCGUCAGUAUCCCGAAAAUAUAGCGAAUCACCAUGGCUACUGGUUGAUGAGGCGCAAUUGGUAAUAUCAUACGCAAAGAAGAGAAUUUUUUACAAGAACGAAUACUCUUUGGAAGAAAAUCCAAAAUGGGAACAGUUGAUUCGUAUAUUAGAUGAUAUUGCGUAUGAGAGAACAAACAGCAGUUUUCAAGGGCCUACUUUAAUUGCAUGUUCCGAUAAUUCUACAUGUUUACAACUGGCAAGGAUCUUAAAUGCUUCAAACAAAAAGAGAGGAAUGCGCCAGGUACUAUUGAAUAAGCUGAAGUGGUACAGAAAACAGCGAGAGGAAACAAGAAGGUUAGUUAAAGAAGUUCAAAGCCAGGAGACGUUUCCAGAAAAUGCAACAUUAAACGUUAGCUCGACAUUUUCUAAAGAGCAGGUGACUACGAAAAGAAGAAGAACCAGAGGUGCUUCUCAAGUUGCAGCUGUUGAUAGAUUGAGGAAUGCGGAAACUAACAUAGAUAUGGAGGAAGUUUUGGAGGAUAAAAAAUUAGCAGAAGAAAUCAAAAAGGAAAACAGUAAUAAUUCGAAUGGUGGUCAGAAAGAAGAUAAUGACAUCAAUUAUGAAGAUAAUGUUGUGAAUGAUUCAAAAAUAUUUGAUAUACAAGAACAAAACGAUGUAGUUGUUAUUGAUGAUGGAGAUGCAGAGCUUGAGAACGAAGAUUUUGAGUAUGCGGACGAACUUCCACAACGUACUGCAACUCACUUCAAUAAGCAAUUAUGGAUAGAUCGUUGUAAUGAGUAUGAUUAUGUUGACCGUCAGGAUGAAAUUUUAAUCUCUACUUUUAGGAAUCUCAAUGACAACUGCUCACUGCAGGAGAUGAUGCCUUCUUAUAUUAUAAUGUUUGAACCAGACGUUUCGUUUAUUAGGCAAAUCGAAGUUUAUAAGGCCAUAGUAAAGGAUUUGCAACCAAAGGUGUAUUUCAUGUAUUACGGUGAGAGUAUCGAAGAACAAAGUCAUUUGUCGGCUAUAAAAAGAGAAAAAGACGCUUUCACAAAGUUGAUCAAAGAGAACGCAAAUCUAUCACAUCACUUUGAAACGAAUGAAGAUCUUUCCCAUUACAAAAAUUUAGCAGAAAGAAAGUUGAAACUUUCCAAAUUACGAAAAUCCAAUACCAGGAAUGCAGGGGGACAGCAGGGGUUUCAUAACUUUACUCAGGAUGUUGUCAUUGUGGAUACACGUGAGUUUAACGCUUCAUUACCAGGUUUACUCUAUCGAUAUGGCAUAAGGGUUAUCCCUUGUAUGUUAACAGUUGGUGAUUACGUGAUAACCCCAGAUAUCUGUCUCGAAAGAAAAUCAAUAUCGGACUUAAUUGGGUCAUUACAGAAUAACAGAUUAGCUAACCAAUGUAAAAAAAUGCUGAAGUACUAUGCAUAUCCAACACUGUUGAUUGAGUUUGAUGAAGGGCAGUCGUUUUCUUUAGAACCUUUCAGUGAAAGGAAAAGUUAUAAGAGUAAAGACAUAUCAACUGUUCACCCUAUAUCAAGCAAGUUAUCUCAGGAUGAAGUUCAAUUAAAACUAGCCAAGCUGGUAUUGAGAUUUCCAACUUUAAAGAUCAUAUGGUCUUCCUCUCCCCUGCAGACUGUGAAUAUAAUUCUAGAAUUGAAAUUAGGGCGUGAACAACCUGAUCCUAGUAAUGCUGUCAUAUUAGGAACAAAUAAAACUAGAUAUCAUGAUAACAGCACUGCAAAGGGCUUAAAAGGUGGCGAUAAUGAAUCUAAGUUCAAGAAGCUAUUAAACGUUCCAGGGAUAUCAAAGAUUGAUUAUUUCAAUCUCCGUAAAAAGAUCAAGAAGUUCGAUAAGCUUCAAAAGCUUUCUUGGAACGAGAUUAAUGAACUUAUCAAUGAUGAAGAUUUGACGGAUAGAGUAUAUUACUUCCUGAGGACAGAAAAGGAAGAGCAGGAGCAGGAGAUGACAGAUGAUAAUUCAUGA